UAACAACAUGUGUCUAAAAUUGCUAAUUUGCCACAGUAUUUGGAAAUUUCAAAUAAUGGUAUGUAUUACUUAAAGCUUAACUCAUUAACAAUAGCUAAGUGCAAACAAUAUAUGAAAGAAACCAUAUGUCCCUUUUCAUUUCCCAUUACACCUAUGCAUGUUAAUAGUUGUGCAACCAGCCUUUACUUAGGAAACAAAACAUUAAUAAAUAACCAUUGUAAUUUCCAGUUUAUAACAAAUGCACUUCGUUCCACUCUCAGACAAUUAAACGAUACACAUUUUUUAGUUUCAAAUACCUCCCAGUUAUUUUUGAACUGCCACAAUAAAAACAAAACUGUAAAUGGCUGUCAGUUUUGUCUUAUAACAAUACCCUGUGAUUGUGCUAUAACAACUAAAUCUACUUAUUUACCUCCUCGUAUAUCUCACUGCCACCAUCAUGAUGUAGACAUAACUUACAUACAUCCUAUCAAUCUUGCCUUAUUGCAACAAUUUUUCAGUGAAUCAACAUUGUCAAUGGUUGAAGCACACUCAACAUUCAAUGACCCUUUAAACAUAUCUAUUCCCACAUUUCAAAUUUUUAAACAUAACUUUUCUGACCUCAUUGCGAAAGAUACCAAGGAACAUCUAAGUCUUAAGAAAAUGGCUAUGUUGACUAAAGCAAAUAGUCAAAUAUAUACAAACCUAGCAGACCCUUUACUUGAUUUACCUAUCGAAUCUGAACAGUCUAUUUCUGUAAGUUUUAUCAUAACUAUUAUCAGUUCUACUCUGUCAGUAAUUUGCUUGUUUGGUUUAAUUGUGUUAUCUUUAAAAUAUAGAAGAUUAGCAAUCAUUACUAGUGUUUCUCAACUCCCUGCUAAGGUACAGUCAGCCAACCUACCAAGUUUUAUUUAUACCACAACAUUGCCAUCUGUAAACACUACUAUUCAGACAAUUCAGAAAUCAGACAUUUCUCUAGUAAAUAACCCCAUGUUAGUCACAGCCUCACUACUUUUCAUUGUUGUUUUAUAUAAAUUCCUUAAACUUUGUUUCAAAAAAAUGGGAAACAGUAAAUUGAUUCUUGAAAUAACUGAUGGAAAUACUUCUGUUCAACUACCUUGUAUGUACCUUCCAACAUGUGUUCAACAUUGUGAAUUCUCUGGACAAAACUGUUUAACUGAACUGGAUCUCAAAAUUUCAUACCAAUCUUCUCUUACAGUAAACUAUGGUGAUCUACUAAUCAAAAACAGAUUUUCCAGUCAAGAGUUAUCUCCCAUCUCCCCGAUUAAGUUAAAUUUUUUUCAAGCUUAUCAGAUUAAACGCAUAAUCAAAAAUAAAUUUUCUAUGUUCAUUUGGAUCCAACAAAAUAAUACAUGUAUACCUGUGAAUGUAAAUUAUGUUGAUAAUAAGAUCAAAAAUGAUACUGCUUGUAUGUAUCCGAAGUUACAUGAGCCCCUUCUAGAUAAAUAAACUUCCCAACUUCAUGGAGGCCACCUAUGGAUUAUUAUGAUUGUUGUUUAUGUUGUAUUAUAUUUAUAUAUCAAUUGUGUUAUUUCAUGUUUAGCUCAUGUGUUUUUUUUCCAUUUCCACAUUUGUCAUGUGUCAUUUCUGAAAUUUGAUAGUUUUUUCUAGAUAACAAUGCAGAAGCAUUGUUGCAGGAGCAUUGUUUUAUUUAACAGUUCAUGUUUUCUCCAUGUUUUUAUAUAACCAUUUGUCAAAGUUCAUCACAUUGUGUAACUUAUCGUUACUUAUAUAAAAUAUAUUGUGUAUAUAAAAAAAAAAAAUAAAAAAUUGUGACUACACAUAAGAAAAAUAUUUCUGCAUCCCUUACAAUGCAGGAGCAUUGUUUUAUUCAGCAGGGGGAUGUUGUAACAACGAUUUUGUACAUGUUUUUCUUUUAAUGUAGUUGUUGUAUAGGCAUAAAUUCUUUUAAUCAUUUAUUAUGUACUGUUAUUUCUUUUUAUGUAGUUUGAUGUAUAUAAUGUUUAUAAAAGUUUAUUAUGUUUAUAAAAGUUUAUUUACAAGCAUAUUAUUCAACAAAUACCCCUUAAGUGUAAGAAUUAGUAAUACCCCUUUUAUGUUUCUUUUCAAUGUAAUUCUAAAUUGAUAAAAGGUUGUUAACACCUUAUAGCUAAUUAAAUUUGUUGUCCUGUAACAUGUUGGUUCAUUGCUGUCUGGAUUAAGUUGCUAUGGUCAUCAUGGAAACCAAGCUUAACAACCAAAGCAUAUAUAAGGGUAACCCUAGGGUUCAUUUUUAUAUAUGCUUUGCUUGAAAUAAAAUUAUAUUGUGGAACCAACUUUCGUUACAGGUAAGAAAUUAAUUUAUUUUCAUAUUUAUAAUUUUUGUUAUUUACUAAGAUUACAAAUAUGUUGUACAAUAUUUUCUAUCUUAAUAAAGAUUCUGUAUAAUGUUUCAAUAUUAAUAAUGUUUUCAAUAU